CGAAUCGGACUCCACUACCACGGAGCGAUCGAACCCCUCCCAGUUACUCCCGUGGUUCUUGCCACUAACAUCAGACAACAAUCUCCAAAUAUGUGCGAGCUCACAUGAAAUAACAAGCGAGAGCGUCACAUCAUAUAUGUUGAAUGAUUCCCCGAGGAUGUGAGAGUCACGGAUGCAGCGAUCGAUGAGUGUUUCUGUCGCAGGCUCAAACAGACGAUGAGAGUUGACGAGACCCACGGAUCUUGGUGACGACGCGGUCCCGCUAUGGGGCUCCCGUGAACGGCCCUGGCGUCGAGUAUGUUGACUGCCUGUCAGCAUGACGCCGUUGGACCUGUGGCUUUCGCGCUCCAUCCCCAUGUGUCUGCUCCUGCAAAGCCUGGUGCUCAUGGUCCUGUGCUUUCCGUCUGCCAGCACCUGUCCCAAGGGUUGCACCUGCCAGCGGUCCGAAAGCCCUCCACACGGCCUCAACGUCACCUGUAGUCUCUCACGCUUGAAGGAGAUCCCGCCCGACGUCCCACCCGAAACCCAGCUACUGCAACUAGACCGAAACCACAUAUCUCUGGUGCCCGAUCGCAUAUUUCACGGUUUGAGGAUGCUUCGGAGGCUCAAUCUAUCUCACAAUGCCGUGGAAACCCUCGGCGAGGGGGCGUUCGUUGGUUUAGAGGGAUCCCUUGAAGUGCUGGACUUGUCUCAUAACCGCAUCACUAGCGUGCACAAGGAGGCGUUCGCGCGGUUGAAGGCGCGCGUGGUGGUGGACAACAACCCUUGGCAUUGCGACUGCGCCUUACAGCAAGCGUUGGGCGGUAUGGCACACAACCACGAGGCCGCCACGCACGUGUUGUGCCGUAGUUCGGAGCUGAGAGACCAGGAGGGCCAGCCGUUCCUGGCCGUGGACGCGGACUUGUGCAACCUAGCCAAGCGGACCACCGACUACGCCAUGUUGGUGACCAUGUUUGGCUGGUUUGCAAUGGUUAUCUCUUACGUUGUGUACUAUGUACGGCAGAACCAAGAAGACGCGAGACGACACCUCGAGUACUUAAAAUCGCUUCCCAGCAAGCCCAAGAAGCCGGACGAACCGGAGGACAUCAGCACGGUCGUGUGAUGGCGAUACCAGAGACUAAAGGCCCGCUCACACCAAGGACGAUAAAGCUUUAAUAAUCUUU